CGAACGGCUAGAGUUUUCCGAGAAAGAGGAUAACAAAUGGCAUGCAAUGAGGAGUGCAUGGUGCUAUGUGUUUGCUGCGCAUAAAUGUUGGUUUUGUUUACGCUGUUGGCAUCAUUGUAGUGUUUCGGUGACUGCUGCAAGUUAUUUUCUGCAUUGCUGUUCUACGGGACGUGAGGGUUGUUGCCGUUGCUGCUGGGAUUGGAAUCUCAGCGAUUGUGGGAGCUUUGCUAGUGGGUAUAUAAAAGAGGUGGCUCUUAAUAACCGGUGGGCUUGUGCCGUACUGCUUUAGCUGAAGACUCGCCUGAUCGUUCGGGUUGUGAGACACAACAGCUAGUUCGAUUGAAACCAGCCCAGCGUAGGUAUAUGUUGGUGGGGACCGCUAUGUAGCAUAAAGAUUUGAUCUAUUUUGUUUAUAAACAAAAAAAGCCGCUGUCAUUUUUCAUCCCCUCUCGCAUCAUCCAUGCCUUAUCAUCAUACUAUCGAAAACGAACCACCUGUCAAUUCCAGCUCCUUGUUAUUAACUGUGUGACAUUUCAAAACUAAAACUUAAAACGUCUCAGCUCAAAACAAAACAAAGCUUCGAUUCACAACGAAAACAACUUAAAUCUUGGUAUAGGAAUUUCUGCACACAUUUUAUGCCUAUAGUUGUUAUCAUGGAAAUACGCAACGAGAUAAAAUCUACUGACAAAGAUUUCGAGAAAAAGAAAUUCGUAGUAAGAAAUGCCGCUGACAUACAGCGGGCGAAGCUUGAUAAAUUGAUGAAAAACCCCGAGAAACCCAUCGUUCUGCCCGAGCCACCGAAGGGACGCGAUUUUUCUGCGGCCAUUCCCUCCUUCGUGCGUAAUGUGAUGGGCUCCAGUGCGGGAGCCGGAUCGGGAGAAUUUCACGUAUACCGUCACCUGAGGCGAAAAGAGUACGCCCGGCAGAAGUACAUACAGGAGAAAAGCCGUUCCGAGCUAAUGGACGAGGAGUUCCAGGAGAAACUCGAACAGAAUAAGCAGGCUGCGGAAGCCCGGACGGCCAAAAAGCGUGCCAAGCGGCUCAAGAAGAAAGCCAACCAGAAGGCUAAUCGUGGGAAGAAGCCUAAAAAGGAGGAAUCGGACGAUAGAAGUUCGAGCGAGGAAGAGGACGAUGAUGAGGAGGGGACCGAGAAAGAUAAGGAAGAUGCAUUUGGUCAUGACAGUGAGUCCAAAGUAGCUGAGGAAAAACUGAAUGAUGAGAGUAUUAUAACAAAGGACAUUGCUGAACCUGACACUGGUAGUGAUAGUGUGAGGAGUAUCAACAAUCAGACAAAUAUUUCUCGACAAAAAGAUGAUACUGGUUUGGGCAAUUCAGUUAUCGAUACUAUCAAUGAGGGUGAAGAGAAGCAAGAAGAGGCAGCAACAAAGGGUCCACCCCAUGUUUAUGUUGACAAUGAUAAGGUUACCAGCAAAAAAGACUACGAAUAAAUUGUACCAGACAAACCGACCCCACAAAUUA